AUGGCUGCUUCACAGAUUAUCGCGAAGCUCCCUAAGCUCUCAUACUUCCGUCUUCCUCCCAGCUCUGAACCGGCUUUUCUUCCACUGCCACAGCCGGGCUCGCUGGCCUACAACCCCCCAUUCCAGAUCUCGGAUAGCUUCUAUGCGGCGGCCCUUGACAUCCGCGUGCCUCUAACCAUCGCGGCCGUCUACGCUGUCACGGCCAAGCUGCUCAACAAGUACAACAAGUCCACCAACCGCCGCCCCUGGGCCAUUAGCCAGACUAAGGCCUUCUUUGCCUUUGUUGUUGCUCACAAUAUAUUCCUUGCCGUCUACUCUGCAUGGACCUGGAUCGGCAUGGUCAACAUGCUCCGCCGUACCCUCGCCAAUCCCUUUGCCAACACCGGCGACCCGAGCACUAGCGGCUGGGCUGCCACCGUCGACAGCAUCUGCCGGAUGAGCGGUGCUCCUGGCCUGGGCAACGGACUUGUCUACCACGAAGCUUCUGGCGUCUGGCUGACCCAGUCGAGCCCCAUUUCGCCCGAGUUUGCUCUCACUCCUGACCGCAACCAGCCCGGCCGCAUGUGGAACGAGGGUCUCGCUUUCUAUGGCUGGCUGUUCUACCUCAGCAAGUUUUACGAGGUUCUCGACACUUUUAUCAUUCUUGCCAAGGGUAAAUACAGCUCGACUCUUCAGACCUACCACCACGCCGGCGCCAUGAUGUGCAUGUGGGCUGGGAUGCGUUACAUGAGCGCUCCUAUCUGGAUGUUUGUGUUUAUGAAUUCCUUCAUCCACACCCUGAUGUACAGCUACUUCACGUUCACGGCCUUCUCUGUCCGUGUUCCCACCAAGGUGAAGCGGUCGCUGACUUCGGCUCAAAUUACCCAAUUCCUUGUCGGUGCCUCAGUCGCCAUGUCUCACUCUUUCAUCGGAUACACUGUUCCCGCCACCCAGGCGCCCGGCCAUGACAGCGAUAUCGUGGCUAGCCCCAACAGGGCGGCCAACUCCACCUCUCCCCUGGCCGGUCGCGCUGCUCCGACUCCUCUCAAGGCCAUAUCAUGCAUUGCGACGUCUAGUGAGACAUUUGCGAUCUGGCUUAAUGUUCUGUACCUCGCACCCCUGACGUAUCUCUUUGUGAAGUUCUUUGUCACGUCUUACCUCGCUCGCAGCAGUGCGGAGAGCACUCGCUCUGCAGUUGGCAAAGGCAAGGAAGGAGUUGAUGGCACCAUUGAGUCUAAGACACGCAAGUCGCCUGCUGCGUCUCCCAAUGCGCCUGCCAGCCUUGUCGCCUCUAUUGCUACGACCGAGGAAGAGGUUCGCCGUCGCCUGAGCAACGUCGGCAACCUUGCCGAGAAGGCUGGCUGGGACGCGGCUAUUGGCCUCGAGAAGGAGGUCUACGGAGUCUCUGCCGAGGCCAUUGACACAGACGACUCCCACGACAGCCCUGCCGCACCGGCACAGAGCAAUUCCAACAAGUCGAAGACCAAGCACAGCAAGUAA